AAGUAGUAGUGAUGGGAUCAGACAGGUACUAGGGAAAGAUAAAGAGAAGGCAAAAUCAGAGGGAAGAGCUCAUAAGGAAAACCCAAACCUGACAAGAAAUAUUGCUGAGAAUAAGAACAACGUAAUCCUUCAGAGUCACUCAACAUUUGUUGUGAGUCCAGGUCCUUUUCCAGUUAUCUCACGUGAUUCUUAUCCAAGCCUUUUGACUGGCAUUACCUACCCGUCUUAUGGAUAAGUAAACCAAACUGGGAAGGCCAAGACUGUAGUCCCCAAAGCUUGCCUAGAGACCAGUGCUGAGUUGGAUGUAUCAGAUUUACCUAGCCCCUAAUCAGCUAGUCUGGAGGGGUCACACAGUGUCACACAGAGAAUAAAUGGCAGGUCACGUUUGAAACCAGAGCUUCUCUCUCCAGCAAUAAAAACAACUAACAUUUGGCAUUUAUUAACAAAUUUGGGGCACUAUAUUAAGUGUUCUGCAUGUACUACCUUAUUUAAUCCUUAGAUUACCCUAUGAAAGAGGUACAUGUUUUAUAAUUUCUGACAUUAUGGUAUUACAAGUAAUUUGCUUUCUGGUGGUGGAGUCUGGAGAAGACAUGCGGAAAUGGCACCUCUCAAGGGGAAGGAAAAGAAGGAAGAACAGGUCAUCAGCCUCAGAUCUCAAGUGGCUGAAGGAGAAAAUGUGUUUGGUGUCCACCACAUCUUUGCAUCCUUCAGUGACACUAUUGUCCGGGUCACUGAUCUUUCUGGCAAGGAAACCAUCUGCUGUGUGACUAGUGAGAUGAAGGUGAAGGCUGACCGAGAUGAGUCCUCUCCCUUUGCUGCCAUGUUGGCUGCCCAGGAUGUAGCCCAGAGGUACAGGGAGCUGGGCACCGCUGCCCUCCAUAUCCAACUCCAGGCCACAGGAGCAACUAGGACCAAGAUCCCUGGCCCUGGAGCCCAGUCAACCCUCAGAGACAUUGUCCACUCAGGAAUGAAGAUCUGGCAGAUUGAGGAAGCCACCCCCAUCCCCUCUGAUAGUACCUGCCGGAAGGGGGGUUGCUGUGGUCACCGUCUAUGAACAGGAUUUCUCAAAUUGUUGUUUUCUGUUAAUAAACUGCCUUUGUAUAAGCU